CACAGCGGACCGCGGCCCCGUCCCGCCCGGCGCCAAGAUGGGAAGUGGCAGCCAGAAAAGGAUAAUACAAAUAACUGGGUUUAAAAAAAAAGAGAAGAAGACACUGAUCAAAUGCCUGUUCAAGCUGAACUGUGUUUUUAUAGAGAGUAAGAAAUACAGAAAUUGUACACAUCUUGUAGCAAAAAAGCUGUGCAAGAGUGAAAAGGUCUUAGCUGCCUGCGCUGCUGGAAAGUGGGUACUAACUAAGGAGUACAUAAUUAAUAGUGCUGGAAGUGGCAGAUGGCUUGAUGAAACAAUGUACGAAUGGGGAUAUGAAAUUGAAAGAGACACCCAUUAUUCACCUCAAAUGCAAUCUGCACCUAAAAGAUGGCGUGAAGAACUGACAAACUCAAGUGCUCCAGGGGCCUUCCACAGAUGGAAAGUUGUCCUCCUUGUUAAGACAGGUGGUAAACGAAUGGCAUGUAUUCGAAGAGUUCUUAAAGCUGGAAAGGCAACCAUAUGUUCAUCUGAAAAUGCGGAGCAUGAUAUAACUCAUGUAUUCAUCGGUGGUAAAAUUUCUCCUUUACAAAAUAAAAAGUGCCUCUCUGAAGCUCAAAACUACCCUUUGCAAUAUAUAGGACAUUACCUUUUUCAAAAUGAAAUAAAAAAUCCCAAAAAUACACAGAUGAAUCAUUUCCUGGCUGUACAAGAAACAGACCAAGUCAUGUCUAAAAUGCAACUUGCUGAAAUGAAAAAUGUUGUUAUAAAACAUAUGUAUUUUACUGUGGCUAUUAAGCACAGACUUAUGCAAACAGACCAGCUGAACAAAUGCAAUCCAGAGGUUAGAAGUACUGACUGGUCCAGAGGCACUUGGUCUGUACUUCAAGCAUUAGUGGAAGAGGACUUACUUGAUGAUGUAGUCACAGAACUUGCUGCAGGCCAUAUGUACAGUGCACCUCCUGUGCGACUUCUUCAUCCUCUCCUAAAAUACGUCCUAUUGGGUAAUACCAAUGCAACAUUUUUUGCCAAACUUUGUCAUGUUUUUUACCUUGUUCUUCAUUGUGAACCUCCCUGGAAGUCCCCAUCUACAGUAAAGUAUUAUUUGGAUCUUCUUCAGUGUCCUGUCUGCAGGAAAGGAACAUGGUCCUUGAUAGAGAUGCUUGUAAGGUCUUGCCUUUAUUGUGAAACAAUUUGUCAUACAGUUACAGUUUCAGGAAGAGAAGAUGAACUGCGGAUAAUUCAUAAAACAUUAUUGAAGUUUUUCUUUGAUUUAAUAAAAGGCGAAGUAGAGUUUCUGACAAAAAGUUUGGUUGAAGGAACAAAUUCACAGCACCAACAAGUCUUUCCACAGACAGUUCUUCUGAAGACAUUCUUGCUUGAAAGUAGAACCACAGUGCUUUUUACCAAACACAUAAAUAUUCUAGCAGAUUGGGUCAUAUUUUCCCAUAGAGAAUUGAAUGGAAAAAAUGAUGCUUUCAGAAGUGAAGUUGCUGGUCUAUUAAAUGCAAUUCUUGCAACCGUAGUGGACUAUUGGAUCAUCUCAGGUUUGCUUAUGGACAGAAAUGUGUUUGAUCAAGUACGUGAUUUGGCGCAUUACCUCGCCAUUUCGUGUGAUGAUUUUUCUGUAUGUCAAUUAAAAAUGUUUAUUUGUGCCAUACCAUCCAACUGGCUUCAACUGUUUCUUGCUGAAGCAAUUUUCAAACAAAUGUGUUUACAGAGGAAUAUUGCUAUUUCUAAAGAACCUCUUUCUCUUCAGAAAAUAGUCUGUUCCUAUUCACCUGCUUUGCGAGAGAUAGGGAUGCGUGAGACAAAGAUACACAAAGCAAAGAAAAAGAAAAUAGGGCAACAGCCAUGCCCUGAGUCUCAAAGGACAUUACAGAUGCUAAAUGGCGAUAAGCAGAACCAAGUCAAAGUGCUGCCUGAUCUACCUGACUUAAUUUCAAAUAAGCUUAGAGCAAAAGCAGAAGUUCAGACUGCACACACCAAAGAGAGUUACCUUUUGGCUGAAGAGGUACACAAGAGAAAUAAUAGAGGAGAGACAGCCCUGCAUAAAGCUUGCAGAAAUAACAAAGUGGAGAGAUUGAUUCAGCUUCUCUCUUUGCCAGGAACAGACAUUAAUGUUAGAGAUUAUGCUGGCUGGACACCUUUGCAUGAAGCCUGUAACCAUGGUAGCACAGUGUGUGUCCGUGAAAUUCUGGAGCGUUGUCCAGAGGUAGACCUGCUCAGUCAAGUGGACGGGGUGACUCCUUUACAUGAUGCACUGUCAAAUGGACAUGUAGAAAUUGGCAAGCUGCUACUUCAGCAUGGGGGACCAGUCCUUCUAGAGCAAAGGAACUCCCAUGACAAACUGCCACUGGAUUAUGUUGAGUCAGUCACAAUAAAGGAAGAACUUUUGAAUCUUGUUUAUCCUGGAGAGAGCAUUGAAAACUUCUAUGAAUGCAGAGAACAAGAUUUUUGCAAUCAGAAGAAAGAACUGUGUUUGAUUUCAUUUACUAAGAUGCUUUUGAAUUUUUGUUCGGUUUAUAAUUUGUCUACACCUCUGACUGUAACUCUGAAAGCAGUAGCUUGUUCAAAUGUACUUCCAGUAAUGGUUCGUGAUAGCUCUAAGAUGAAAAAUGCAUUUUCUGGAGAUUGGUUAGUAGAUACAUAUUUUAAAGAGCUAGAAACUUUUGAAAAGCUACCACAGUUUCUUCAAGAAAUAUCUGAAAGCAUGUUAUUCUUCCCUGGCGAACAUGCAAAGGCCUUACUAGCAGUUCUGGAAACUAUGGUAGAACCAUGUCAAGUGCCUAAAUCUUUCUAGCAGUUAAAUUCCAAACAAGCCACAUUGGCUGAACCUUGAGUGUUACUACCUUCUACUUGCCUGACAGAUCUGGAUGUGUGUGAUCUUAGGAAUGUACUAUAUCAUUUACACUCAGUUAAACUUUGUAUUUUCUGUCUUGGAAGUAUGUUUUUUUAUGUGCCUCAUGCUGUAUUUCUGUUUGGUUUUCAAAGGCAGAGACCCUAAAUUUAAUCCAAGCACUUGAUUGUUUCAUUUCUUGAGAAAGGCUUGUGUCAUAUUCCUUAUUAAAGCUAAUGUUAUAAAUAGGCCCUGAAAUAA